ACCAGAGUCCAUGCGUGUAGAGAACCGCUCCUCUUUCCUUUCACGCUUAGCAUCGUUUACAAUUCUAGAAUUGCCAAAGUUUCUUAUAAUUAUAACUUACAAUAAAAGGAGAACUGCCUUAAAUGCAAAACGCUUUUGCUAUAAAUAUACGCAGUUGAAAGCACAAUGAUUUCAUCAUUCACAUUCACAAUGGAUCCCUCUCGUAUUAUUUAUAUGAUUGCAAGUAUUUUGAUUGUGGGAUUAUGGAUCGGAAGAGUGGAAUCGGAAGUAUUGCAAUACCCUGCAAUAACUUGUAGGAAACAUACUGCCUUAUUGACAGAUUUUGGAGCAAAUGGAGAUGGGAAAACGUUGAACACAAAGGCGUUUCAAUCGGCGAUUGCUAAUCUGAGUCAGUUUGCGGCAGAUGGCGGAGCACAAUUGAUAGUACCGCCAGGGAAAUGGCUUACUGGUAGCUUCAAUUUAACCAGCCAUUUUACUCUGUUUCUUCACAAGGAUGCUAUUAUUCUUGCAUCUCAGGAUGAAUCAGACUGGCCCGUCAUUCCUCCAUUGCCUUCUUAUGGGAGAGGCAGAGAUUCCGCUGGUGGAAGGUUCGCCAGUCUUAUAUCUGGAUCAAACCUCACUGACGUUGUCAUCACAGGUGCAAAUGGCACACUUGAUGGGCAGGGCUCCUUGUGGUGGGAAAAAUUCAAGCAGGACAAGCUCAACUACACCCGUCCUUACCUCAUUGAGCUCAUCUACUCUGAUCAAAUCCAGAUUUCAAACAUCACCCUUCUGAACUCUCCAUCAUGGAACGUUCAUCCCACCUAUAGCAGCAAUGUGAUAAUCCAAGGGGUCACUGUCUUAGCACCAAUUGAUUCUCCCAACACAGAUGGGAUAAACCCAGACUCCUGCACUAAUGUUAAAAUUGAAGACUGUUAUGUGGUCUCUGGAGACGAUUGUAUUGCAGUGAAGAGUGGCUGGGACCAGUAUGGGAUCAAAUUUGGGAUGCCCACACAGCACGUCAUCAUCAGAAGGUUCACCUGCAUUUCCCCCGACAGUGCUGUCAUCGCUCUUGGCAGCGAAAUGUCGGGUGGAAUCAGCGACGUACGAGCCGAGGACAUCACAGCCAUAAACUCAGAGUCAGGUCUAAGGAUUAAGACAGCUCCUGGGAGGGGAGGGUUUGUGAAGGAUAUAUAUCUGAAAGGGAUGAAGGUGUUCACAAUGUACAGAUACGUUCUGUGGAUGGCAGGCACAUAUGGGCAGCACCCGGAUGAUGGUUUUGAUCCAAAAGCACUGCCUGUGGUUAAGAACAUAAAUGUUGGAGACAUUGUGGCUGAGAAUGUGACCAUGUCAGGGCAGCUUGAUGGGUUGAAGGACCUACCAUUUACAGAAAUCUGCCUUUCCAAUUUGAAAUUUGAGUUGACAGAGAAACCCAAGAAACUUCAGUGGAAUUGCACUAAUGUUCAAGGAGUUUCAAGCUGUGUGACUCCUCAACCCUGUGAUUUGCUGCCAAACAAGGAUCUUGGAAAUGACAAAGGGUGUUUUUACCCUACUGAUAAGCUGCCCAUUGACACAGUUCAGUUGAAGACAUGUUCAAUUGUUCAUUAAACUAAACCCAUAGAAUAGGCUUUUGUAAUUCUUGUCUUUUGCUCCAUUUGUUGAUAUGAAAAAGAAUAAGCAAGAUUUAUACUAGUUCCAAAUACUUUCAAGACAAGGGAUCAUACUGCUAUUGA